GUCAGCUGAGGGAGGGGGCUCUGUUCUGCUCAGGCUCCCAUCAAGAGAAGCCUUGGGCUGAAAUUAAAGAGGAGACGGUUAGGUUAUUGCUGAAGAUGCAAGCCUCAACUGUCUCACCUGUGACCAACACUACACUCCUAUCAAACACGACCAACGUCACAAAGUCCAAAGAACAAAUACUCAUCCAGAGUUCUGGGGCGAUGGUCGCGGUCAUUGUUAUAGGUAUCAUCAUCAUUCUCGCCAUUCUACUGAUCAUCCUGAAGACAUACAAUAGGCGGACACAUGUGUCCAGAGUCCUGGGUACCAAUGGCUCCAAACCUCGUCAGAAACUGUCACAAUCCACAGUUCAGAGCAACAUGCCGCUGAGCACCAUGGGAAUCAGCUCUGUGUCGGGCAGCCUUGUCAAUUCCAACCCAGCCUCCGAGAACGGCUUCCGGCUGCCCAGGGCUGAGCUGAACAGCGUGGAGGAGAACCACAUAGAGCAGUCCAGCACCAACAGUGGAUCCACCGUGGUCACCAUACACGGCGCUCCGUUAUUAUUAGAAAACACAUAACAACAGAACUGUGGUUUAGCCUCACAACAGGCAUUGACUGAUGUGUUGUCUUUGUCCGUGGCUGCGUGCUGUGUGCUGACUGAAUCCUGUGGAAACUCAAUCUGUGACGUCAGUGUUUUCUCACUGUCACAACUGAGCCACUGCUGGCGACUACACGGACAACAAGAUGUCCUUUUGGUGUGCAAAAUACACAUCGUGAACAAAAACGGUACAUAACAUAAACAGACACCAGGGACUGCAUGAAGGAUGUUGCGUGAUAGAAAACGGAGACUCUUGUGAAGACUUGCUUUUGGCUACAGUCAGUGUUCAGAGUGUAGAUGCCAUACGUUUCUUACUGUUUAAUUCAAUGAAGAAAAUGUGUAGUGAAGACAGUAAUGGCUUGACAACGUUGCUAUUAAGUGUGUACAUUUCUGUAUUAAAGAGGACCACAUAGGUUCACGAGUAAAUGUAGAAUUAGUCUAAACUUCAGAGAAGACAAAGACAGUAUGAAAGAAGCUGCGUUUGAGGAAAAUAUGUUGAUAUUGCAGAUUUAACAAUAUUCCUUACAAAAUCUGGUUAACCUUGCAUUAUACUGUCUUUGUCUUCUGAUCACAGAUUAGGUUUUGUUUCAGAAAUAUAUAAAAUGUGUUGUUUUUUUACCUUGUAUAACGAAGACACCACAGAAAUGUUUUGUGAAACAUCUGGGUGUCAGCCUAACAGGCUGAUGUGAAUCCUUUUUAGUUUGACGCCAAAGGAUUUUGCACUUUAUUUCCGUU